AUUUUUGUCAUGCUGGCUGUGAACAGUCGGCCCCCUCCAACAAACUGUAUCAUCUUCAUUUUUCUCGUGUGAAAUCCCUCUCUCUCUAUCUCCCCGUCAGUCGUCAAAAAAUGAACCCUAGAACCGACAAGCUUGUGAGAAGGACAACCAUGGUGGCCACCGUAACUGCUUCUUAUUUCCUUCUCACCGCUGACUACGGCCCCGAGCCCAAUGUCCUCGAUCCUAUUAAGAACGCGAUACAAUCAGCAGAGCGUUCUGCGAAAGAGUUCAUCUUUGGACCAAAGAAAAGGCUUGGUGAAAGUAAGACGGGGAAGCUGGCCUCCAAUGGUGCAAAGGAUCCUCCAUAGUCUCUCCUAUAUCUGACACUGAAUGACACAGCAUGUUUUGUAAGAAGGUUCUUUUAUGAAGAAUUGUGUUUUGAACACACCAAUGAAUCUUCCCUUCUGGGAAAAUGUUGUACAUGCACAGAGUUUGAUCCUUUGCGUGAAUUGCAGUAAUAAAAAGUGAGUAUGUUAGUCUUGAAA